CAUUCUACCAAUCUUUCAGUGCCCUUCCCCCGCAAUAGUGCCGAGAGCCGUGAGACAGCUGGGAAAGCGGCGGCUCGCAGGUGGCAGUGGGGUUGGUUGGUGGAAUUUGGGCAUGAACAUCAGCUCGUGCCGGCUCCUGGUAGACAGGGUAUUCCUCGUAUGUCGAAGAAACAAUUAUCUUCGUAUAGUGUUUACCCCUUCCUCGAGUCUUUCAGUGCCUUCAAUUAGGAUUUGAUUAAUCGAUCUACGUGAUCUGUUCGUCUAGACGUCUCAAACCACGCAGAGCCGUCGCUUCAGGCACUUUUACUUUCAAAAUGACCGUCACACCAGACUCAGGCCAUCUGGACCGGGUUGGCUACCUCUUUGGCCAUCCCAUUGCCCAUUCCAUGUCUCCCUUGCUUCAUCAGACGGUAUACGAGGGGCUGGGGCUUAAAUGGGCGCAGCUUCCUCUUGACUCGACAGACAUGGAUCAUUUCCUGAAAUUGAUUCAGGAUCCAAAAUUCUACGGAGCAUCGGUGACUAUGCCACACAAAGUCGCCAUCCUCAAGCACCUCGACUCCCUUACCGAUGAGGGACGCGACGUAGGCGCAUGCAACACCAUAUUCACGCGACUCGAUCCCACCACGAACAAGCGUCAGUACAUCGGUACCAACACAGACGUGGUCGGAAUCCGCGAUGCUUUCUACGAGAACAUUUCAGACGCCGAAGCCUGCUUUCAUGGCAGACCAGCAUUAGUUGUAGGUGGAGGCGGCGCAGCAAGAAGCGCAGUCUACGCCCUGACGAAGUGGAUGAAGGCGACGAAGAUUUACCUCGUGAACCGGGACCGGUCAGAAGUAGAUGCCGUCAUCAAGGAGUGCACAGAGCGUGGGUUUGGCGGCGAGCUCAUCGACAUUGCUACUGUUGCUCAAGCGGAGCAGCUCGAGGGUCCUGGUGCCGUGGUUUCGUGCGUACCGAAUUUCCCCCCUCGAACGAAGGCAGAGAAGGAUGCCAGGGGUGUCCUAGAAUGUCUACUGGCGAAACCACAUAAGGGUGCUGUGUUGGAAAUGUGCUACCACCCAUCUUCAUGGACAGAGAUUGCCGAGCUUUCCAAGACAGCUGGCUGGAAAGUGAUACUAGGCACCGAGGCGAUGAUUUGGCAGGGGUUAGAACAGGAUAAAUUCUGGACCGGGAAGAAUGCACACGAUCUUCCAGUGAAGAAGGUCCACGAAGUCAUUGCGUCGAAGCUGAACGAAUCGAGGAUCUAGCCGUGGGCAGUGACAGCUGCUCAACCUUUAGCCGAUAUGUCAGUCACACGGGCGUCCUUGCUCGGGAAAGACGGAAGAGGAAAGAGGCUAGUGAAAGGACCGCAAAAGCCAUGGUAUGGGCCCAGCUUUGUCCGAAUCAAGGAAUGUACGGCUGUGUAGACUUCAAUCAUGAAUAUGAUCCUUUUUUCGACUUGGAUUGAAGCGUACAUCUGAUUGAGUAUCAAUGCGAUCUUGCAUGCGUUCUUCCCAUACAUUCAAGCGCCGGGUCGAGAGUAAUCUAGAUUGCGCACUCUCCGCCAC